AUGAAGCUCGGGCCCGGCGCCGCGGGCAAGGGCGGCGCCGCGGCGGCGCCGUCCAAGGCCUGCAACCUCGCCGGGUCGGCCCUGGACCUCGAGGCGAUCCGGAGCGACAACAAGCGGGAGCUGCUCGAGCUGCUCGACGGCGUGAGCGGCCGCAAGGCGCUGGUGCUCGACGCGGUCCUGGGCCAGCGGCUCAACCACGUGCUCAGCGAGGGCGCGAGCUCGCUCCGGGACCACGGCGUCGCCUACUUCCGGGAGCUGCGGCCGGAGCUCGGCACCUUCGACGGCGAGGCGCCGGAGCACGUCGUCUACCUCGCGCGCUGCACCGUCGCGUCCAUGCUCACGAUCGCGGGCCACGUCAAGGCCGCGCUCCGCCGCGGCGAGAUCGGCGAGGCCUCCGUCGACGCGCCGCGCGCGCCCAAGUUCCACGUCUUCAUGGUGCCGCGCACGACCCUGCUCUGCAAGCAGAUCUUGGAGGACGAGCUCGUGCUGCCCUACGUGACGAUCCAGGCGUACCACCUCGACUUCGUGUGCUUCGACAAGGACGUGCUGAGCCUCGAGUGCGACCACUGCUUCUGCGACUGGAACGUCCACGGCGACCCGACGACCCUGGAAUUCGCGCUGGCCGCGCUGCUGCGCCUCGAGCAGUUCUUCGGCGCGCCGCGGCGGAUCCAGGCCUUCGGCGAGGCGGGCAAGCGCCCGCCGCCCUACCUCUACGACGACUACGCGGACACGCGCGAGCGGCGCGACGUCGACACGCUCGUCAUCCUCGACCGCCGCGUCGACCUCGUGACGCCCAUGGUGACGCCCCUGACCUACGAGGGCCUCAUCGACGAGCUCAUGGGCGGCGUGCGGAACUCGUGCGUGCGCCUCGACGCCGACGUGCUCGGCGACGUCGACGAGCGGAAGGAGGGGGAGCCGCCCGCGAAGCCCGGCGCGGAGACGACGGUCGCCUACGCGUUGAAUUCCAACGACGCGCUCUACGCCGAGGUGCGCGACCUGAACAUCGAGAAAUUGGGCGUGCACCUGCGGACGCGCGCGAAGGAGAUCAAGGCCAUCCAGGAGGAGUUCCGCGCGAACAAGGACGCGUCGAUCACGGAGAUCCACGACUUCGUGAAGCGCAUCCCCGGGCUGUCGCAGAACUACAACUCCGUGAAGACGCACGUCAACGUGACGGAGGUCGUGAACAAGACGACGCACGGCCACGACUUCCGGGGGCGCUGGAACCUGGAGCGGCAGAUGCUCGAGGGCGACGCGGUCUACGACGAGAUCGAGGACCGCAUCGCGCAGCAGGAGCCGCCCAUGGCGACGCUCCGGCUGCUCUGUUUGCAGAGCCUCUGCGGCGGCGGCAUCAAGGGCCAGGCCAAGUACGACUUCCUCCGGCGCGAGGUGCUCCAGACCUACGGCUUCGAGCUCAUCGGCACGCUCUACCAGCUCGAGAAGGCGGGCCUCUUGUCCAAGGCCAAGGAGGGCACGGUGGCGACGAACCUGCUCCUGGGCGGCGCGGACGGCGCCGGGUCCUUCGCGCAGCUCCGCAAGGCCCUGAAGCUCAUCGUCGACGACGUCGACCCGCACGACCCGCGCGACAUCGCCUACGUGUCGUCGGGCUACGCGCCGCUGAGCUGCCGCCUCGUCGAGGUGCUCGCCAAGUCGGGCUUCGCGGGGCUCGUCAACGUGCUGCCGCACCUGCCCGCGGCGCCGCCGCUCGACUACGCGCCGCGCGACUACACGCGCGAGGACCUCAAGGACGCCUUCGACGGCGGCGGCGGCGCCAAGCUCGGCGCGAACCCGCACAAGCAGACGCGGCCGCCCCCGCCCGACGCGACGACGGGCCUCAAGCCCGUCAUGGUCGUCUUCUUCGUCGGCGGCGUGACCUACGCGGAGAUCGCGGCGCUCCGCUUCCUCUCGAAGCGCGACGACUUCCCCUUCCGCGUCGUCGUCGCCGCGACGAACGUCUGCAACGGGUCCACGCUCAUCAAGUCCCUCGUCUACGAGAUCGACAACAAGCUCCAGCGCGAGCCCGCGGGGCGGGAGGACCCCGCGCAGAUCGACGCUCCGCCCUGA